AUGCCGUUUAUAUGGAUGCCAUACGUUGAGGAAGAUAUCGUGGCGCUCAUACCAUCAUGGGUUAUCGAGCAGCAACAGCUGUUCGUGUCAAAUGUGUCGUUGAUUCAUUUCUAUAUGGUGGAGUGGCACAAUGGAGGUCAGGUUUUGAGGCAGUUCAGUUGCCCACAACUUAUACCGAGCCCUCCCGUCGACAUCACAGAAGUCCACGGAAUGGACAAAAAGGGUUCGGGUCGGGAUGCUUUAAAUUGUGCGCAAAAAAAUGAACCGUAUAUCUUUCUGUGGAAUGAUCAACAUUCGAGGCGCCCUCCCUUGUAUGUCUUAGAGGGAGGGUUCUCUUCUAUGCAUAAGUACGCAAUAUGGUAUAUGGCAUAUGGGAAACCCUUUAUAUUCCAAUGUCGUUACAUGUUGAUCCAAAGAGAUACGCAACCGGAAUCUUCCUGA